CCUUCUGAAACCGAAAAAGUUUAUCGAUUGAAAUUAACGCCAUCUCUGUCCUGCUCGAAUACUCUUUCACUGGUUUUUCUCUGAGAACGAUAACAAUGGAGAGCUUCGCAUCUUAUGUCAAUCCCGAGUCUCGCAAUCGGUGGAACUACGAUUCUCUCAAGAACUUCCGCCAGAUCUCCCCGGUCGUUCAGAAUCACCUCAAGCAGGUGUAUCUUUCACUAUUAUGUGCUUUGGUUGCAUCUGCAGCCGGCGCUUAUCUUCACAUACUUUGGAAUGUAGGUGGUAUCCUAACUACCUUAGGAUGCAUUGGAAGCAUGGUUUGGAUGCUCUCUUGUCCUCCUUAUGAAGAGCAAAAAAGGGUUGCACUUCUAAUGGCAGCAGCACUUUUUGAAGGAGCCUCCAUUGGUCCUCUGAUUGAGGUUGCCAUUGACUUCGAUCCCAGCAUCCUUGUAAGUGCAUUUGUCGGUUGUGCUUUGGCAUUCGGCUGUUUCUCAGCAGCUGCCAUGGUGGCAAGCCGCAGAGAGUACUUGUAUCUCGGGGGCUUGCUUUCGUCCGGUCUCUCCCUCCUUUUCUGGUUGCAGUUCGCGUCCUCUGUCUUUGGUGGCUCUAUGGAAUUUUUCAAGUUCGAGUUGUAUUUUGGGCUUUUGGUGUUCGUUGGCUACAUUGUAGUUGACACCCAGACAAUAAUUGAGAAGGCACACUAUGGAGAUCUGGACUACGUGAAACACGCACUCACUCUAUUCACAGACUUUGUGGCUGUUUUUGUCCGGAUUCUUAUCAUCAUGUUGAAGAACGCAUCCGAGAAGGAAGAGGAGAAAAAGAAGAAGAGAAGAAACUGAGAGAGAGACCAUAUGGGAGGGGGAUGAUGAGUAUUUGUUGCCCGUGGAUUGUGUGUACAUAUAUCUUCAUUUUCCUUAUAUGUUUGACUGUGAGUAUAUGAAUUUAGGUGGGAGGGGGCAGCUAUGAUUUUGCCACUUCAUAUAACCUUGCAUAAGUGUCUGAUCUAAGGAAUUGUUCACAUACUAUUAAUGGGGUUUUUUCUUUUUUGAAAGAAACUGAUAUCAUUUCAUUUUGCUUGACUUUCGUUGUCCCUGAAAUUGUGUGAUAGCAAGUGAUGUAGAAGAGAUAAAUAUUUUCAUAAAAAGAAAAGGGGGAUCUUUUU